CAAGUCAAGAAGGAAUCAAAUGCGCUCUAACGUUGCUGGUUCAAAAGAAGGUGGGACUGACCUACUUUAAGGAUCUUUAUAAGACUUUGUACGAACUAAUUUUUCGUCUUAGAGCAAGUGCCGGUUCAUUCAUCAAGUCCAGAUUGGCUUGGAGGCAUUCCGUAUCGUUUUCGGAUUUAUUUUUCAGAAAAAGCCAGAGAAUCUCAACUCUUUUGAUAGGCUGACCCUGCAAAAAUCGAUCAUGUCAAGAUAUAGGACAAUGUCGUUUUUAAUUAGUGCUGUUAUUUUUGCUCUUGCAGUAGGAGCAACUGGUACUGUACAGAGAGCUAAAAGGCAAGCCCCAAACAUUAACGUCCAUGAAAUUCCUAAAACCAGUUUCUCUUGUGUCAAUAAAAAAAUUGGAGAAUAUUAUGCCGAUGCUGAAAGCUACUGCCAAGUCUACCAUGUUUGCGUUCCCGGAAUGAACAAUAAACCGUCUCUCAUUAGUUUCGUCUGCCCCAAUGGCACUAUUUUCAACCAAGCUACCAAAGUCUGUACUCCCUUUGACCGAGUAGAUUGCAGAUUGACGAAGUUUCAUGAAGCCUCAAUAAUUCCAGAUAUUCCAGCUGACACAGAUGCUGAUUAUGACAACUAUGUUCCACCACCUCGACAACCAGCUCAACCACCAAGACAAUCCUCUUCUUCUAGAGGUAGAAAUACUCCUGCUCCUCCUCCACCACCACCAGCAAGAGAAGCCCCAACUCAGCCACCAAGAAAUACCAGAUUUAGGUCUGGAAGCAAUCAAUUCCGAGGACAAGCUCCCACUACUCAGGCACCUACUAGAACCUCUGCUGCUCCUCCACAGCCUGCACGGGCUCCAGCUGCUCCUGCAAGACCAGCCGCUCCAGCUUUCAGAACACCAGUAUUGGCAGCUCGUCCACCCCAAACUAUACCUGUGGCUAACGCUUUGCCAGCAAGACCCACUGUUCGAGCUGUAGUGUCUACCAGUACAGCCAACUACAACUAUGAGUAUGAAUAUGAUUACGAAUAUGAAGAUGGAGAUGCAAAUGCAGAAGGUGCUGCUAGAGCCAAGAGAGAAGUUCACACUCCCGAAGAAUUCACGUGCGAAGGUAAAGUGCCCGGAGGAGCAUAUGCUGAUGUGGAGAGCAAUUGCGAAAUGUUCCACAUAUGUGUACUGCUAGGAAAAAACAAGGUUCUGGAUUACAAAGUAUAUUGCGCUAAUGGAACUGCUUUUGACCAGGAAACGGGUUCAUGCAGGGAAAAAGGUGAAUUUGCCUGCGAAAACGCUCACCUGUUUUUCCAGUUCGAAAAGCCAAAUCAACCCAAAUCCACCAAGAAACCUGUCAUCAGUAAAAAGAAAAUUCUUAAAUCAAGGAAGAUUUCCAACUCAGACAAAGAAUAAUAACGAAAGAGCAUUUUCAGAUGCAUUCACUUACAUAUUUCAAACAUAAAAUCUCAUGUUUUAGCAUGACAAGAGUAAGAAAACGGCGUGCCAAGGCCAAACGUUAAUUGCUUUAGGGUGCUUAUGAAUAACUCUUUAUUCAAACGCUAAGCGAUUAAAUAUUAAAUAAAUACAAUACAGGACUAAACCAAAAGAAUACUAAAAAAAGCUGUUAUAAAUCAAAAGACUGUUUUGACAACAAAAAAAAUAUGUUUAUCUGUUUAAAGGAAACAAGUGAUUUUUUAAAGAAAUUUUUUAUAAUCACAAUGAGCAUUCUAAAAUAUUGAAAAGAAAAAUUCGAAAAAGAAUUAUAACUAAUCAAUGUCUAUAUCAAAUUGUUAAAAUGAAAAAUUUGUAAGGAAAAUAAAGCUCAUUUUAAACUACUAAAAUGUCUAAAACAAAUUCUGCACCAAAAUAAUGAAACUGCUGAUUUUUUAAAAGAUGAAUUGUCAGAAAACUUUAAUAUGCGUAAUUUAUCGAUUUGCAUAAAUACUUACAUUAAGAUAAUUAAACUUAAAAUGUACAGAUUUGAUUGUCAUCAAAAAUAUUAAUUCAAAUACAAAUAUAGCACCUACACGUAUGAACACAUUGUUUUUAAUAUACACUACACAUUUUACACAAUGGUCAUUUCAUUCUUAAAAAAACUUCGUAUUAUAUUUCUCCUUCGAAUGUGUUUUUGUUUCCUUUUGGAACAAAUGUACAUUCAAUUCAAAAGAAACUGUACCAGAAGUUAUAUAAUGAUGCACUGUAUAGUUAUCCAAGCAUUUUUUCACGCAAUGCCCGUUGAAAAAGUUUUACAUACCUCAAAAAUUCGUUCUAUCAUAAUUUGGCCAAGCAAAAUAAAGGAACCAAAAUCAUUUUAUGAGUCAUACACUUUAAAUCUUUAUGUAUUGUCCUUGGAAUGUGUGAUCUUAUAUGUUCCGAAAGGUAUAUAGUUUGUGCCAAGAGUUUUUAUGAAAUAAACAUCCUUUUCUGUUUUU